GUAUUUCUCAUAGUCCGUCCAACAUACUCUUGCCGCAAUGUAAGCACGAGGCAACGACUGCUGACCCGUCAUAUUGAUCGACCUGGAUCCGCACUUCGCCUCUAUCCGAUUGCGCGAUUCGGGUGGCGCUUCACAGACUGCGCCGCGACGCCUCGCGACGCUUAAACACGCUAGCGUAGUCGUAACCACUGCACUUGUUUUUACACCGCAUCGUCCUUCUUUACAUGGAAUCGUCCUCCGCCAUGCUGGUGUUGCAGUGAUCACAUAAAUCAACAAGAGUACGCAUAUUUAUCGACGACAGUGACGGGUGGAUCUGCUCGAAGGGAACCAGACCUUGGAAAUUAGUGUUCCUCUAAUCUUCGCCGAGUUUCCGGUUUCAUUGAACGAUUGUAUAUUCCAGAUCUUCUUCCCACGAAUUGUAAUUUUUGCCCUCCUCGGAUUCAUCGCGGUGACAUAAAGCGUUGCUCGAAUGUGGCUGACAGGAAGAUGAAACCGCGACAUUGUGACGGAAGACACGAUCCAAGCUGGGACGAUCGUCCGUGCUCAUAGCAGUCCGUCAAUUCCACAAAUUCGAAAUUCAUAUAAUUCAGAAUUUCUGAGAAUUCCUCUUAACCCCUUCGAAAACUUAUCUUUUACACGGUUACAAAGGACCAAAAAAAUCUUCGAUCGACGUAUUAUAACGAAGUCGAUCGCCUGACAGGCGAAUGCAACUCCUUGAAUUGUAUCGAAAACGAAUUCUAUCGUGGGGGUAAGAUCGUGACACGGCAUGAAGUUGUACAGGAAAUAAGUGGGAAACUGUCGUACUGGAAACAUGUUGCCGAAUUACUUGAUAGGGGCGGCAAUUGUACUUGCGGUUGCCACCGUCUGUCGCGCGGAGUGCCAGACUCGUUCUAUUUAUUGCUACGAAUGCGACUCGUGGACGGAUCUGAGAUGCAAGGAUCCCUUCAAUUACACCGCACUUCCGAGGGAUCAACCGCCUCUUAUGACUUGCAAUGGAUGUUGCGUGAAAAUGGUUCGCAACGCAAAGUCACCGUAUGAGAGCGUGAGGCGGACCUGCACUUCGCAGCUACAGAUAAACUUAUUCAUGGUGGAUCACGUGUGCAUGAUGGAAAGUACCGGCACUGGUCACAUGUGCUUCUGUGAGGAGGAUAUGUGCAAUCGUGUCUCCUCGACCUCGUGUUCGAAUCCCGCACUCCUGCUGAUCCUGUCGACCAUCCUUGUACUACGCUCGGUCAUCUUAGGGGCCCCAGCUUGCUUUGUAGAACGUUGCAAUGGUCACGUCGUAUAACACCAAUUUAACUCGAUUCACCCGCCAGUGAUUCCGAUCAUAUCCUCCGUAGAAUUUUAGUUUUAGCCGGCGACUAAAAAUUCUGCUCGGGACGAGCGAUAGAUGUCCCUUUUCACAUUCCUCGUCGUACAAACGAACGUUCGUCUACACGUGUUUCUUUUUUUUUGUAGAAAGGAAGAAGAUCCUGUCGAUUCGUGCAAUUUGAUUGAACAAUGAUUCGUUGACUUCGUUGAUUUAAGGAUUCUCUUCUUUUUUUUCUUCUUUUUCCUUUUCUCUUCGAAGAUUAUUCGCAUCGCUCGCCCCGAACUUCGAUGUAAACAGUAGCGAAAAAUCUUGACCGUGUUUUUGUAUAGAUCAAUCAUUCGUCGUUGUUCUCUCUGUCAUUGUCACGAUUUUACGCCUCCACUCUUUUUUUUUUUCCAUUCACUUGCCUCCUUCCAAUUUUUAACGAGUAGAGAAAAAGUAUUCGGUGAACGAGUAUACGAAAUUAUAGUGUUUUUUAGUAUCGUCGAAAGAUUGAAAUUAUCGAGAUAACGAUAUAUAAAUUAUCACGAAUGAUUUUUUUAAAUUCAUUCACGGUAGAAUGAAACAAAGAUAGAGUGAAAUUCUAACUGCCAAGAAGAAAAUCGUGCAUUAUAGAGCCGCGUAAAAAAAGAAAAAAAAGAAAAAAAUUCUCACGCGUUCUUUAAAUCGUGAUGCAUUUUCCCCGCGAUGAUUUAUUGAUUAUGAAUUAUUUCUCGACGAAGGUUUGCUGCAUGCCCAUUUAAGUAUAAUUAUUUACCUUCUACUAUUCGUUGAUUGUUCUUAUCCCUCAAGCGAAUCUAUGCAUCUUAGAUUAGAAUUAAAAACUUUUCCCCCCUUUCUUCACUCCCUCAAUUCAUUUGUUCUUAAAAGUUUCGAACAUCUCGUUUCCUAUGUUAGAUCACAACAAACAUCUUGACGAUCGAAUCGAGCUGCUCCUGAUAUGCGAUAAAAAUAGUUAUAGUUCGUCGUAAUGUCGUGAUAUUUUUGGAAUGUUUUUCAUUUCAAAGUUCUCACUGGCUUGCCGCUCAAUGUAUCUGUUUCCAUGUAUCGUCACUUUCGACCGAGAGAAUGUGAAGAAAAAAAAAAAGAGAAAGAAAAGAUACAGUAGGUACAGUGUUUGCAGCGUUGUUCGAUCAUUGCAAGAUCAUAGGAUUUUAAUGUGUAUAUCAAAUAGCUAUAUUUAUCUCACACGUUUUACCGCUUCCCCAUUGUGCGCACACCUUGCACUGGGAAUGAUGGACUUUCUCCAGGCAGAGUUGUUCAAGUGGCGAAGAAUGAAACGAAUUGUGACGCGGAGGAAAAGAAACAGAUGAACGUCCGUAUUUGCGAAUAGAUGUCGACGAUGUUGGAGAAUAUUAACUUACUUAAUCGAGUCGAUAUUGUCUCGAGAAUAUUAAUAGCUCUGGAAGAGAGGAUUUCACAUCGCGUUUGAUAUCGAAGGGAUAGCGUUAUUGUCUGUUUCAAAAAUUUAAAAGGAAGAAAAGAAAUGUUUAUUCAAAUUUUGAUAAGAGGACGAACAGAAAAAUUGGAAAUUCUUUUUAUACAAGAUUUCAAUUCUAGAUGAUGCUAGUUUCUCUUUUAAACAGCUUCAAUCAUUCAUUCAAAAUUUCUGUCACGAUAGUACAAUUACGAUCAACAUUUUCGACGACUCUCUGUUUCUUAUCGUCACGUGUCAUAAUAAUUCUUGCAUUAAGGUUCUUCGUCGCUGAUUGCCCCCUUUAUAUGUUUAUCCAUUUGCCAUUUUUUUUACGAGACAUUGAUGUUUUGAGCGCCGUGCAUAAAAAAUUAGCGAAACCGGAAUGGAGCUUAUAAGUAGAUCACCACGACCUGGCCGCAUGCCCAUCUGAGAACAACAUCGUGUGAAAAACAACGAUUGGAGCAGGCGAGGAUCGACACCAGCAGAUUUUGUUCUACGUUUUCCCAGUUGUUGGAAUCGAGCGCGUGCACCUUUCUCGAUCAAUAUCAUAUUAUUAUUUGUUACGUUAUCAAGUUUCGAUUCUGUUAUUGCAAACUGUUUCAACUAUUCGAAUAUUUUUCAUCUUCAAUAAGUAUUGCAAUCGUUACAUUUAAUUCUUAUUUCGAUAUCUUAAAAUUUCAACAAAGGAUCGAUAUAUUUUAAUUUCAUAAAGAGAUCGAGAUUGAUUAAUAAUUGACUCCAGAUCAAGUGUUUUAAUUCAGUACCAAAGAAUCGAUCGUGGAAGGGUUCAAGCGCACGGUUCGACACGGUAGUAUUAGUGAGUUGUUCAACUACAUAUCUAACAGAAGCGUGUAUCCAACACACGUGGAAGGAAGAGAAGUUCGAGCAUGGAACUGUAGCACUUUUCAGUAACAGUGUGGUUUGAAAGUCACGGCAGAGGAAACGUAAACGACAACCCCUCUCCCCAUGGACGGGAAACCUUUGCUCAAUUGAAAUUGCCCAGACCUAUAUCGUCACGCCCCUUAUUUUCCUCUGUCCCGCGACUUUCGCGUCGCAACGCAGUAAACACCUUGCAUGACACUUGCAUGAAUCUGUUAUUAGUGAUUCUGCGAAAAAUCUGGGUAUCCCGUAGUCGUUGCUUCCAAACAGGAAACAGACAUUUCCAAAUUCUCUUCGAGCUCUCUUUCAUUUUCGAGAAAACGAUCUUCGUUGGAAAAUUAACGAACCGAUAUAUAUAUUAUAUAUAUAUGUCGAACAUCAGAUAUAUCAAAUUUCUGUCAGAUUUGAUUUGUCUGUAUCCCCGACGAGGCCCGGCUCCGAAACAGAACAACCCUCUGUAACACAAAAACCUUCCACCCCGACGAAUGCAACGCGAGGCAGAUCGAACCAACAGAAAAAAGCACAACGUGGGCCUUCAGCUUCGAUCGUGCCACGCCAUCAUUUUAAUAAAUAAGCGGAAAUCAGGGGCGGUGCGCUUUCAAGGCUUUCCGGAAGUCGGGUUGUAGCGGGACUCGUGUCGCGCGAUUCCAUUAUUACGCAUCACACGCAGCGAAGAGCUCGAUGGGCGAAAAGAAAGGCGACCAAGGACUCGUUCGAUAUUUUCGAAUCGAGAUCACGCUUCAAGGCCACGCUAAUUGCCCGAGUAGACGAUUACGAUUACAUAUCUUGUUCCAGGAUAUGGCUGGCACGGCCAAGUUGAACGCGCAUGUCCUCACAGAGAGGCUUCCCGUGUGCGAAGCCUCUUGCCAAACAAGCUUCGGUGCUUGCUUGAGUUAAAAGCGAGCUAACCGGUGUUUCUCUGGCAAGCCAUGCGGCUCGUGUCGCGUCAUUUGUUCAUUGUCGCACGCGCGGCUGCGAGGCUAUCUUCUCUAUUCUCUACAAUUUUUUAAUUUCACUUAUGCGUUUCUCUUCUAUCUGUCUGCCCCUUUUUAUUUCCAGUUUGUCAUUGCGCGACCGAUCCACUAGCAUCUUCUAUGGAUUGGAGCGAAUGUGGAAGAUCGAAGAUGAUUGAAUUGAGAAUGUGUAAGAAUCUGGUAAGGGAGGUAUUGGUCGUAGAGAACCGUAUAUUUUUUUCUUUCCUUUCUUCCCCUUCCUUUUCCCAAUCCGAUUUCUUAAUUUGAUUUUCGUCGUUCGAUAAUCAUCAAGAUUAAAAAAAAAAGAAAUGCGAAAGCAUGAUGGGUGGAAAAGAACACGCGACAGGCAGGAGAGGGGAGCAGCAAUGACAACACUGACGUCAGCAUGUAACACGAGUGAAUCUCCAUUUUUAAGUUUGGCCUCGCAGCUGGAAAGUAUCCACGUAACGCUACCGAUACAACUAUAUACUACCAUGCGAAGUAAUGGCGGAUGCGCUGAGCCGAAUCUUAAACAGCUCGAUCGAACUUGAACUGGAUUCUAACUAACCAGAAUUCUAUUUAGACGAAUGAGAAACGUAAAUUUCUCUUCUUUUUUUUUUCGUACAGUUGUUUGUACUUCUAACAAUGAAAAUUUUUUAACAAUGUUUCAGAACGUCAGGCAACAGAGUUCCGUUCACCUCGAUCGAGACUGUUUCAGUUUCAGCAAUGAGAACAAAAAUGACACAAUGGGAUCGAUACAUUUUUUUUACCCGCCUGUUUACACGAAAAGCUAAUAAUCCAAGUGCUUGCAUAAGAAUCGAGGUGAUAUCAUUUUAUUCGGUGUACACACACAAAAUUUGUCUCUGUUCAAAGAUCGAUGUGUUACGAUUGCGCCAGGAUAAGAUGCCAAUCUUAUGUAUCACAUACGCUCUGAAACACUUUUUAUCUCGAUGUUUUUGAUGAUGAACAUUGGCCAUAAAUUGAAUGACGUAUGAUCAAUAUAUAUAUAUUUUACGAUGCAAGUGUCAACAAUCCUCCCUUAUGUCUCCACGUGUAUCGAUGUGUAUCGAUUUUGUGUGAUCGUUGCCCCGAAAUGUUUAUUUUUUUCAAUCACUUGUUGGCUCUUCGUUCAUGUGUCAGUUCAGUUGAUUUUAUUAAAAAAGAUUUGAUAUUA